GUGAAUACAUUAAUUAAUUAUUGUAAAAUUAGAUUUUAUAGACUAUUUUUUAUUAGAAGUUUUUUGUUUAUUAUUAGUUUAAACUUUUUAUUAAAUGAUUUUACAUAUUUUAUUGAAUGAGAAGUUUUAAGAUUACAAUCAAUAUCUAUUGUUAUAACUUUUUUAUUUGAUUGAAUAAGUUUAAUAUUUAUAUCUUUUGUUUUAUUAAUUUCUUCUUUAGUUAUUUUUUAUAGAAAUCAAUAUAUAGAAGAAGAUUAUAAUAUUAAUCGAUUUAUUUUGUUAGUAUUAAUAUUUGUUAUAUCAAUAAUAAUAUUAAUUAUUAGUCCUAAUUUAAUUAGAAUUUUAUUAGGAUGAGAUGGGUUAGGGCUUGUUUCUUAUUGUUUAGUUAUUUAUUUUCAAAAUGUUAAAUCUUAUAAUGCUGGUAUAUUAACUGCCUUAUCUAAUCGAAUUGGAGAUGUUGCUUUAUUAUUAGCUAUUGCUUGAAUAUUAAAUUAUGGAAGUUGAAAUUAUAUUUUUUAUUUAGAUAUAAUAAAAAAUAACAUAGAAAUAAUGGUAAUUGGAGUAUUAGUUAUAUUAGCAGCUAUAACAAAAAGAGCUCAAAUUCCUUUUUCUUCUUGAUUACCGGCAGCUAUAGCAGCUCCCACUCCUGUAUCUGCUUUAGUUCAUUCAUCGACUUUAGUUACUGCUGGAGUUUAUUUAUUAAUUCGAUUUAAUGAUUUACUUAUAAAUUGAUGAAUAAGUCAAUUUUUAUUAUUAAUAGCAGGAUUAACUAUAUUUAUAGCUGGUUUAGGAGCUAAUUUUGAAUUUGAUUUAAAAAAAAUUAUUGCUUUAUCUACAUUAAGUCAAUUAGGUUUAAUAAUAAGAAUUUUAUCUAUAGGGUUUUAUAAAUUAGCUUUUUUUCAUUUAUUAACUCAUGCUUUAUUUAAAGCUUUAUUAUUUAUAUGUGCUGGUUCAAUUAUUCAUAAUAUAAAAAAUUCACAGGAUAUUCGAAUAAUAGGAAGAUUAUCUAUAAGUAUACCAUUGACUUGUAGUUGUUUUAACGUUGCUAAUUUAGCUUUAUGUGGAAUACCUUUUUUAGCGGGAUUUUAUUCUAAGGAUUUAAUUUUAGAAAUAGUAAUAUUAUCUUAUGUUAAUGUUUUUGUUUUUUUUCUUUUUUUUUUUAGUACUGGUUUAACUGUAUGUUAUUCAUUUCGAUUAUGUUUUUAUUCUAUAACUGGUACUUUUAAUAGAACUAGUUUACAUCCUUUAAAUGAUUCUAGAUGAAUUAUAUUAUUUAGAAUUUGAGUUUUAAUAAUUAUAGCAGUAAUUGGGGGAAGAUUUUUAAGUUGAUUAAUAUUUUUAAAUCCAUCAAUAAUUUGUUUGCCUUUAAAAAUAAAAAUAUUAACAUUAUUUGUAUGUUUAUUAGGGGGAUUAUUUGGUUAUUUAUUAAGAAAUAUUAAAUUAUUUUUUAUUAAUAAGGCUUUAUAUUAUUAUAAUUUUAUUAAUUUUGUUGGUUCUAUAUGAUUUAUACCUGUAAUUUCUACAUUAGGAGUUAUUAAUUAUCCAUUAAAAUUAGGAUUAUAUUCUUAUAAAAGUUUUGAUCAAGGAUGAAGAGAAUUUUUUGGUAGUCAAAUAAUUUAUGUUCAAUUAAAAAAUUAUUCUUUAUAUUUACAAGAAUUUCAAAAAAAUAAUUUAAAAAUUUAUUUAUUAAGUUAUAUAUUAUGAUUUAUUAUUUUAUUAAUAUUAGUUGUAAUGGUAAAUU